CCUAUCUUCAUCGUCUCCCCUGUUAUUCUCCGAGCUCUGCUCCAAUGGCGGCAUCCUCACCUCUCUCCACCAUCACCCUCCGUUCGUCCUCUUGCCGUUCACCGUCCCCCGCCGCUCUCAUUACACCUCCAUCAGUAAGUUUUCCAAAACAGACUCUAGAAUUCCCCCUCCGGACCACCAAAUUCUGUCGCAGAUCGACAUUUCUCCAUCCCGUCUCCGCUGUCUCCACCGAGGAGAAGGUCGUACAGCUAGGCGAUGAAAUCUCGAAUCUAACUUUAUCAGACGCACAAAAACUCGUGGAGUACCUACAAGAGAAGCUAGGAGUCACCGCCGCAUCGUUUGCUCCCGCCGCCGUUGCCGUCGCACCUGGAGGAGCGGGAGCAGAUGUGGCUGAAGUUGUGGUGGAGAAGACGGAGUUCGAUGUUGUGAUUGAUGAUGUUCCGAGUAAUGCGAGAAUUGCGACGAUUAAGGCUGUUAGGGCUUUGACGAGUUUGGCGCUUAAGGAAGCGAAAGAGCUUAUUGAAGGACUUCCGAAAAAAUUCAAGGAAGGAGUAUCGAAAGAAGAAGCUGAAGAUGCGAAGAAACAGCUUGAAGAAGCAGGUGCCAAAGUUUCAAUUGCUUAGUUUUCACGAAUUUGUGGUACGAUUUCUCCUCUCCUUUUUUUCGAAUCUGCAUAAUGUAAUUUGUUGUUAAUUUCUUAGUUUUGAUAAUUGAAAUUAAUUUUCUCUUUGCAAUUUGCAUACAUCGUUUUAUGAAUUGAAGGUCGACGUAAUUUACUUCCACUAGAUGCAAAUUUCAUCUCGAACUCCGUCAAUUCUGUGUUUCCUUCU